ACUUCGGCUACCUUGAUGCGCAGUUCGCGGACGCGCUCAUUCACUUCAGGUUAGGACUCCCACUGGAGUAAGGAGAGAAGGACGGGGCAACGUCUGUCGUUAAAACUCGCAGGAGGAAAACGUCAAAUCACUCGGAUACACUCCUGGAAACAACGUCUUUCAGACCGUUAAACCUGAGCAGCACACCAGCCGAAAGCCGCGUCGGUUUAUUUUUGGGCCAACGGAUUGAUCCCGGACUGUGUGUGCGCGCGUGUUUUCCUUUGGAUGCACAUACACACACAAACACACGCGCGCGCGCAGUCACACAGGUUGCUAGCGGAGUUAGCCGGGUUUGCUAGCUCGUUGUGGUUAGCUGGGCUUUCCGUCCGCUGGGAGUGAACGCAGAGCGGGGUUAAAGUUUAGAAGUGCCCGACAUUUUCCAGACAGAAAGCUGCUGGUUCAGGCAUGAUGUGCGGGUUUUUCGGAGGUUUGUCAAGUUGGCCGGCUGGUAGCAUCGGCUGACUGAAGCCCAGCAUUAGUACCUCGGAUUGGACUCAUGUGUGUCCCCCCCCUUCUUCCUUUUCCACUGCUGUUUUUAAACAGUUUUUUUUAAAAAGCGGACUUUGCCCUCGGGGUGUUGUAACUCACCUCCCUAUAUUAAAUAAAAGCCUCAACUGAUUCUUCUUUUGGACUUUCUCAAACUUGGCUGGAAGUUUUUUUUCUUUCUCUUCAAGGAGGAGGAAAAAAAAGUUGUUGGGAAGUUGAGAAGGAUUUUUCCAAGCCUGUGGAAAAAAUGGAUGCGGGAAUAGAGAAAGAAUGCAGCGCCUUGGGAGGGCUCUUCCAGCUCAUCAUGAACGACAUGAAGGCCAGUUAUCCUACAUGGGAGGACUUUGUAUCCAAAGGAAAUAAACUGCAGUCACAGCUCAGAACGACCAUCGUGGUGACCGGAGCCUUCCUGGAUGCUUUUCAGAAGGUGGCAGACAUGGCGACCGGAACCAGAGGUGCCACCAAGGAAAUAGGCUCAGCGCUAACCAGGAUGUGUAUGAGACACCGGAGCAUCGAGUCCAAACUUAAACUGUUUACCACGUCCCUCUCAGAAGGUCUCAUCACACCACUGGAGUUGAAAAUGGAGGAGUGGAAAAAAGUGGCCAGUCAGCUGGAUAAAGACCACGCCAAAGAGUACAAGAAGGCCAGAGCAGACAUCAAGAAGAAAUCUUCAGACACCAUCAAACUGCAGAAGAAGGUGAAAAAAGGGAAGGAUGAAGCUCGGGGACAAUUGGACAACGCGCUGCAGGACGUCAAUGUGCGUUACGCUGUGCUGGAGGAGACCGAGAAGCGAGCUGUGUGCAGAGCACUGAUAGAAGAAAGAGCUCGAUACUGUAGUUUUGUCAGCAUGCUGAAGCCUGUGCUGGACCAUGAGAUCAACAUGCUGGGUGAGGUGACACACCUGCAGACCAUUCUGGAAGAUCUGACAAACUUGACAGCUGAACCCAAUAAACUUCCACCAGCCAGCGAGCAGGUGAUCCUGGACCUUAAAGGUUCUGAUUUCAACUACACCUAUCAGACACCUCCAGCUUCUCCCAGUAACACUCUGUCCAGGAAGAGCAGCAUCAGCAGCUACCAGUCAGGAUCAGUGAGACAUGUUCCCUCUUUGGACUCUAUCAGCUGUGCUGUAGAUGGACUACACCUGCAGGAUUCAGUUGGCUCUACCAAUCAGCUGGCCUCUGGGGGAACUGGAGGGGCGGAGAACGGCCUCUUGGCCCCUCCACACAAUGCCUACGUACAUGGAGAGCGAGCUCGCGCCAUGUCUGCAUCUGGAAAGCCUUGUUUGGCCCAGGAUCAGCUGGCAUUGUCACUGGGUGCGUUGAAUUCUGACGCCCCGAGAAGCAGCAGAGACUCUCUGCACUGUUCCAGCGGCUAUAGCACCCAAACCACCACCCCAUCCUGCUCCGAGGACACUAUACACACCCACACUGUAAAGAGAGAUCCUCCUAUCUAUGUCGACUAUGAGUCCAUCUCUCUCCACGGAGACACUGACUCCAUCUCCUUACAUCACCUCUCCCACGGCAACAGCCAGUCAGAUUUCGACAAGUCUUCGACCAUCCCGAGAAACUCUGACCUCAGAUUCCAGUACCGGGAGUUCAUCCACUCCAAGCGUCCCGCCUCUACUGUCAGCCUAUUGGCUGAGUCCGACUUGAGUGGUGGGUCUAACCGGCAGAUGCCGUCCCACACGGCAACCAUCAGGCGCAAACCUUCAUCUAAGCCACCUUAUCGCAGAGGAACAAUCAGUGGUGGGGUUCCCAUCCCCAUCUCCACCCCACAGGUUCCACUCAAAGCCCUCGGCGGAACCAGCGGAAGCGAUGAGAACGUUUUCAAAGUGCCCUCUUCUGUAGGGGUGGGAGGUUUAGGUCACAGUAAACUCUGCACCUCCACCCAGAGCCUUAGUGCUUUACCACCCUCCUCCCCAUACUACCAGAUUGUCCCAGGCCAGAUGCCCAUCCCAGUGCCCGUACCCACUGUUCCUUCGCUGCCAUCUGAGGGAGGGAACAGUGUCAAACAACAGCACCAGAGGCAAUACCAGCAACAUCAGCAAUACAGUCUACCACAGCAACAGCACAACCAGCAAUUCCAGAUUCAACAGUUCCAGCAGCAGCAACAGAUUCAGCAGCAACAGUUCCAGCAGCAGCAACAGAUUCAGCAGCAACAGUUCCAGCAAUGGCAACAACAGCAGCAGUUUCAACAUCAGCAGCAACUGCAGUUCCAACAGCCCCAGAUUCAGCAAGCCCAGCAGCUGCAGCAUCAGCACGAUCAGUAUCAGCUGCAGUUGAACCAGCAGCAGAAACAGAAGCUGUUUCAGCAGCAGCAACAGCAGCACCAGGCCUACACUACUCAGGCAGAGCCCUCCGGUGUGCCCAACAACAUCAACUACCAGCCCCAGGCUCCUCCACCCUGCAGCCAGGACCAAAAGCCUGAGCAGUUCACCCAAGAAGAAGAAGAAGAAGAAGAAGGAGGCAGCAGAAACAUGUUGACCCUUAUUAGAGGAGUAAAGCUCAGAAGGACCAUCACCAAUGAUCGCUCUGCCCCUCUCCUACCCCCUCCAACCAAUCACAAAUGAGGCUGACCAGCAGAUUUUUACUUCUCUGCUUAACUGUUAAGUUUAGUUUGGUUUCUGAAGAGAUAUCAGAGUGUGUCAGCACAGAGAAAACUCAAACACACUUUGAAAGUGUUGACAGAUUGAUUUUUUUCGCUGGAACUCAACAUUGCUUGUUUUAUUUUAUAAAUUUACUUGAUUGCCCUUUUAAAUUUAUGUUUUAAGCAUUUUUGAGACUCUUCUGUUGUUGCAGCAACUGUCUUUUUGCCUUUUUUUUCAUGCAUUUUGAUUGUGGAUAAAGGUUUUGUGUGACUCAGUCUUACAGAAAGAACUUUUGAUUUGAUUAUUUUAGUUGGUACUCACUUCCUGGUCAGAAAAUGUAAUUAGGCAGAACAGGAAGCUGUUAGCAUCUUCGGCCUGGCUGUGUUUGAUUUGCUUUCUGCCUAGUCUCCCAGGAUGGUGGGGUAAUCAGUAGUUCAGUGGACCCACAGUGGUUGAACCAUGAUCGUGGAGUUUCGAAUUUACUGACUCGGGGUCAGUGAUUGUCUGGUGUAUUUGAUCUGAGUAUUUAGUUGGUUUCUGGUAAUCUCAAAGAGCCAAAUGCUAACACUCAUGACUCUGCAUCUGGCUUUAGGUUUAAAUAAGGUAGAACAAGAAAGAGUCUGAGAACACAAGGACUGGGUUUGAGAUAUAUAUAUUUUUUAAGUGGCACAUGGUCUGAGGUCACUUGGUUGCUCUUACCUUAGAGUGGAGAUUUGUGCCACUCCUGGGACUCCAAAUGUUCCCUCUGAACGUGAGAGUUUGUGGAAUACAAUGAAAAAUGUUACUGUGGGGAAAAACUCUGGUUUGCUGUGUAAAUAAGCAUCAAAUUUUUUAGAGCAAAAAUCACAAAUAGACAGCGGUUUGUUGGCAACUUUAUGAGACAACACUGAUGUUUCAGAAGAAGCGGCUUGACAAAUGUGGGUUGCAUUUUUGCUAAACAUAGCUGGCUAUGAUGAACUGAACUGUAGAACAAAACUACCACAGGGACUGAUGGUUUGAAAGUACUUUAUAAGGUAAACGCUGCCAUGUUUCAAGACUUAAGUGAACCCCCUGAGACCACAGAAUAAGAAAUCUUUAGAUUUAUUUACACAGAUAUUUGCAUCAACAAGAAUGCUUUAAACAUCAUUUUUUAAAGAGAUAUUGUGGACAAGAUCCUAUAUGAAUACCAAGAAAUUUUCUUUUGGCAUUUCUUAUUACUUGGUGACCAACAUAUACAUUGAUCCAAAACAACUUUAAAGUAAUUGUUUGUAGUUCUCUUUAUUUCCACUAUUAUUGGAACCCACAGGACCUCUGCAUCAGUUUAUUCUAGUGUCUUCUGUAAAUGCAUGACUGAAUCUGGGUGGUUUGUAGGCCAUGUUAAAAACUGGCUGUUUUUUGUGAACCACCUACUUUAACAUAACUGCAAAGUUUCCCAGCCGCACGAGGAUAUGUAGAGUGAUAAUUCAUGUUAUGCGGUUUUGAAGUCCACUUGAUAAGUGUGCAUAUCCUGGUUACAAUAUUUUAAGGAGUCCUCCUUGUUGUUGUUCCCCUGUAUAGUUAUAAGACAUCAAUGAUGCCGAUUUAAGCACAACUAACAUGUUGGCACGAGGAACAUUGAAUAAUACAGUUUUAUUCACCGGUAGUAAAAGUUAUGCUGAAGUUAUGUUUGAGGGGCAUCAGGAGCAGAUGUAACUUGACAAUUAUUUCGAUAUUUAAAAACAGUUAUAUUAUUAUAUAAAAUGUGAGAAAACCAUAGAAAAUGUCGUUUUUCUAAAUUACUCAGAUUAUAUUAAACUAAGUUAUUUUUUCAGCUCUAGUUACAGGUUUAAAAACAGUUUUUGAGUAUUGACAAAGACCUUGUGAUUUUUCCAUAUUGACUUUUGGAAAAUUCAGAAGCUACUUAUAGCACUAUGCUUUUAUCAUUUAGACACACAAGCGUUUUUCAAAUUAGUUUCUAUAAACAAAGGAUCUGCUAUAUGCAGUGAAGUUUAGGUUUUGCUUGAAGUUUUAAAUUCAACUCCACCCACUGAAAAAUCUCUGAAACAUUUGUUUUAGCUGAUUUACUGUAAUCGGCUUGGAUAAAAUGCUGCGGAGGCUCAAACUGUCGUAACUUUAAAUUAAACAUUUUUUCUACAGAGUUUGGUUGGACUGAAAUAGCUGGUUCUAUUUUUGAUCUUUGUUCCAAUUUGGUAAAAUAUUUACCUCUGCUAAUCUUGACCUUAUAAAUCUUAUAAAUCUCUUUAUUUUAUGUUUUAUUCCCUGUUUUGUUUUUGUUUUGUUUUUUUUAGUUUAUAGUCCUUUAAGUCACACCUCAGAUGUUUUCAGUAAUUAAACAGUUUUGUCUUCUGAUGCACUUCAGUCUAAGGCCAUGAGAAACUGGGGGCGCUCACUUCCUGUGCUUGAACCAGAAAAAUAUAGCAUCAAGUGCAGGUUAAUAAAAGUUGACUAAAGAAAUAAUUUGGAGCUUAGCAUAUUUUACCAUGGCAGCCUCAUUACUUAGGUGUUUCCUGCUAAUACAGCUGCUAAACCGAUGUGUUGCUUCUAAAAGUUGCCCAUCUUCUUCAUUUGUGAGCUGUUAGCAUGUUGGACUCGGAUUGUCCUCAGUUAAAGAUUUGGCGAACUUGAGUGGUUAAAAUAAUUUUUGUUGGAGCAACAGCUGAUUACUUUUAUAAUAAUUUAAUGUCGUAGUUCUUCUUUUGAUUAAUCCAACAAUAAUUUAUAAAAGAUCAGGAAAUGGCACAGAACAGUCAAAUGUCCAAAAUCCAUAAAUGAUCAAAUUACAAUCUUAGAAAUCAAAGAAAAAUUUUUUUUUCUUUUUUUUCUUUUUGUUUUGGGGGGUCUUUAAAAAACAAAACAAAAAAAACCCCGAUUGAUUAAUGGAUUAAUAAUUUUUCCACAUUGUUUUAAUUCUCAGCUCGAAAUUUUACAUUCUAAUAAAAUUUUAUCUCUGAUUCUUAAAACUUAAAAUUUUGGUUUAAAAAGUUUAUAAAACAUGGACGUAGCUUCUAUGUUUAAGUGAAUACCUGCAUUCUCGCUAACAGCCAACAGGGGGGACAAAUGUUGCUAGAAAAAGAAGUCUGUGGACAAACAACCCUACUUCUUACCUAUCUGUGAUCUCCCUUUCCUGAUGAGUUGUUGGGCUCUGUCACUGCUUUGAAUACAACGUUAUUUUCAUUUUAAUUGUUCUCCUAAUUUAGUCUCAUAAAGCAAAGUGAGGUUUAGUUUAAGCUGUGCAGUGUUUCUGGGGUUCUCAGAUUGCCCCCUUGCUCGUGCCAGCAGUGGGUGAUUUCAGAGGCUACAUCCAUCUUUUAUGUACAGUCUGUGCCUAUUGGACAGAAAAUUAUAACAUGAUAGCAAUUAUGAAACUUUCUACCAAAAUUAUACUUGAAACUGCUGAGACGACAUUAAAGCAGGGAAUUUUAAGUUUAUUCAACUGGUAAAUUUUUUAUUUUGGUUCGUAGCUCCUAAUUUGUUUGGUGCGAGAAUCUGGGCCUCAGUAUUUCUAAAGUUCUACUUUGAAGCUGCCUGUCAGAGACCUGCUGCAUGCUGGGAAAUGCAGUCUGCUCUGUGGUCAGCUGGUCCUGGUCAGUUCCUGGAGAGACUUUUGUGUAUUUUAAGAGUUCCUGCAGCUUCAUUCUGAUUCGUCUUUAAGCCUGUCUUUUUGAUUGGACCCAAUGAGCCCCACAGCAGUUGUCUGUAUAUAUUAGUGCUUCUAUUCCUGGGAGAGAUCUAAGUCUAUAAAUCUAUAUAAAGAUGUACGUAUACGUAUCCUGAUUGUACUUUUAUUUUGUUGAUUUAUUAUUGAUCUGAUGACGUGGUUGGAGCUGAUGCUGCCAGUGAUCGUCGAUCAUCAUAUUUGGUUUUUUUGUAGAAAAGCUUUAAAGGAGGAAACCCAGUGAACUUCCAGGUGUUUGAGGAUCUGAUACCUGAUUGGACAUCAGACUGUUAAGCAAAAGGACUGAAAGGACAUCUAGAUGAUAUAAACCAAGAGAAUGUAGACAUGUUCUGUUCUUCAUCUUUUGAUGCUCGCUGUGGGAUCAACAAUAAUAAUAAUAAUAAUAAUGCUGAUGCUGAUUGGUUCUGGUAUUUUUUUUUGUCUGUGUUCUGUUUACUGUACUCUUUACACCUGUAACAGUAUAAAUUUACUGUAGGAGUUUUCUGUUUCUAUAAGAAGUUAAAUAUGCAGAAAACUGAAGGACUGCUGACAGCUUUUCAUAGAGCUGAAACUCUACAAAAAUAAGCAAAUUCUGAUAACUUUGGUCAAACACUGCAAGUAAACAUUCAUCUUUUGUUUUUAUUUUUGUUGUAUUGCAGCUACUUUAUCAUUUACAGUACCAGCCAGCACCUCCUCUAACCGGAGUGCUCUCACAUGAUCCUCUGGGGUGUGAUUUAGGCAUGUGUGGGGCACAAAUACAAAAUCCUCUCCACGGAGUACAGCAAACACACUUAACAGUGUCCUCAAAAGGGACCUUUUACGCUGUUCCUUAUUUUAUGCCAUUUAUAUAUUCUGUUAGUGGGAUGGAUGUUCAUAUUAAACAUGGCCAAAGUUUCAAAUAAAGAGUUCAACAUUUUUACAAGUAAUCACCGAAAGCCAAAAGCUCAAAGUGCUUUAGUUCUUUUCUACUCUUACAACAGUAUGAUGACAUUAACAGCAUAUAUCCCUACUGUGGUCAUCUCAGGACAGAAGCCCCACCCACAUCAGAAGAUAUGUAUCCUAAAGGGGCCCUGUUCUGCCUCACUACAGAAGCGCAACAUGAUUUAUCCUUUAAUGCUCACGCUGCCAUGCAAAAGCAGUGGUACCUGUGCUGCUGUAGGACCAGUGAAGUGGCAGAUGAGUAAAACAGUAAUUAAAGUUUUGUCUUUUAUUGAAUUUAUUGAAAGGAUCCUCAAUAAUCUGAAUGAUGGGCAGAUAGUAAAAAAAAA